GAACACCCCCAGUCCAGCCGCCAUUCUGUCUCUGAACCCCUCCGCCAUGCGUAAGUGCAAAGUUUUCGUCGGUACCUCCCACCCCGAGUUGGGGAAGUUGGUCUGUGACCGUCUUGGCAUCAACCCGGCGCCGUGUACCUUGAAGAAGUUUGCCAACGGUGAAACCUCUAUCCAGAUUGGCGUUUCGGUCAGAGACGAAGACGUGUACAUCAUCCAAAGUGGCUCGCCAACCAUCAACGACCACAUCAUGGAGUUGUUGAUUUUGAUCUCUGCCUGCCGCAGUGGUUCUGCCUCCAAGAUCACGGCCGUGAUUCCGCAGUUCCCGUACUCCAAGCAGUCCAAGAUGAAGAAGCACAGAGGUGCCAUCACCGCCAGAAUGUUGGCCAAUCUCAUCAUCAUGGCUGGUGCCGACCAUGUCGUCUCCAUGGAUCUCCACGCGUCGCAGAUGCAGGGCUUUUUCACCAAACCGGUGGAUAACUUAUACGGGGCCCCAACCCUCGCGCGUUGGAUCCGCCAGAACGUCGAGGACUACCAGAACGCGGUUGUGGUAUCCAAAAACCCGGGUGGUACCAAGCGAGUCACUGCGUUGGCCGACAGCUUGAAGAUUAAUUUUGCGAUGAUCCACACCGACCGUCGCCGCACCAAGGACGGGUAUGUGCCUAAGAAGGAGCAAGAGAAGGCCAAGGCUGCGAAGAAAAAGUCCACCAACUUUGUUGAGGAGGAUCAGGAGGAUAACAUUGUCAGUGAGAUGUUGACCGCCAGAAUCGUCAAGGGUCAUGUCGUCCAAGACGAUGACGAUGACUCCGUCCCGCACACCGAGGCUGGCAGGGACUACGAAAACAACUCUGACGAGGAAGAUGAGCCGGAGUUUAUCGAACAGGAGAAGUUGAUCACCUUGGUUGGUGACGUCCACAACAGAUCCGCCAUCAUCUUGGACGACUUGAUCGACAAACCAAACUCUUUCAUCGCCGCCGCCGAGCACCUCCGUUUGAACUGUGGUGCUAAAAAGGUCUACUUGACUGCCACCCACGGGAUCUUCUCCGAUUCCUGCUUGGAAGCCUUGACCAGCUGUAAGUAUAUUGACAAGAUCAUCGUCACCAACACGUAUCCGAUCACCGAAGCCCAGCAGAGGUCGUCCUCCAAGUUGGUGGUAAUUGACGUGUCUCCAAUUUUUGCGGAGUGCAUCCGUCGCGACCACCACGGUGAGAGCAUCUCUGUGUUGUUCGACUCCCUUGCCGCUAUUGAGUAAGCGGCCCUUUUCCUUUCCUGAUUGCAUUACUAGUGGACCCGUUCCUUUUUUUUGGCAUCCUUGCCAUUUAUAUAUAUACUCAAUGAUAACCAUGUGUUCUCUUAGCCUUUGGGUACUGUUAUAUAGUUUUUUCUGACAUUUUUCUUCUUCUCACGUUUGCAGGCAGACGUGGUACCCAGCGAUGCGACCUAUUGUGGUUGCAGGACACAUAUCCUUUUAGAUAUGUUGUACUAACGGAGCGUUGGUAUAUUGAAUGGCCUCUACCCUAGAUUUAGUCUCGACAGACACGGCUUUUUUUUUCCACCGUGUGUGAGUGGAGCACUAAAAUUUUGGGGCCUACAUACGUAGAUUUGGUAACAACUGGAGUAGUCUAUUACUAAACGAAUAAACCC